GUGGGCCUCUUCUGGCGACAUGCAGAUUGGCUUCAAGGCAAAGUGCCAGAGAGCCAAGUGCCUGUUUUCAUCAACUUGGAUGAAACAGCGAUUCAGUAUUCUUACUACAGUGCAAGCGGCUUGGUGUCUUUGACGCUGUCGGAAAAGCCAAAGGUGAUGGUACCCAAGGGUGAUCGACGCGGCGGCAUAACGCAUGUUGCCUUGCUAUCCCCCGUGUUGCGAGUUCAACAGCAUUUGCCACAAGUGCUGAUCUGCAACACGCGGAAGCUUACAAAGACCUUACUCCGUCAGCUUAAUGUGAACAAACCCGACAAUGUCUGGCUUCUUCGCCGAAGGAGCGCCUGGAACAGCACCGACAUCAUGGUGUGGCUCAUCCAACUGAUAGGAUACGUGUUUCGCACGAAGUUUUCGGGAAUGGGCUUUCAGCCAAUCUUGUUAAUGGACGCAGCUAGUGUGCAUUGGGCGCAACCUGUUGUCAGAGUGGCUCGUCUGCAGAGCAUCUUUUUGCUACCAGUGCCCCCCGCUUGCACGCCGUUGGUGCAGCCUUUGGACGUAUACGCCUUCUCACGCUACAAGCAGAAAUUGGAGUGUUUGUUCCGUGAUUAUCGAAUGGCACAACAAGGUCCCGUAACAGCGCAUGCCUGGUUUCACAUCUUGUUUCAGGCGAUUGAUUGGCUCCGAAGCGAGCCGUGGCAUCAAGCUUUUUCAUUGGUUGGGCUUCCCAACCAAGGUUUGAAUUUGCACCAGAAUCUUGCAAAGCAUUUUUCUGGUGGGCGCUUAAGCUGCCAGCCCGGGCGGCUGUCGCCUGCUGAGCUCGCGACUCUCCUACCGCGGCGGUAUAAACUCGUUUAUACCGAUUGGAUCGGUGCUCCAGAGCACAUCAUGCCGCUCCUCGAGUAA